CUCAAAGAACAAACGAAGACAAGCAACGACUACCCAGCCGGACACAAACAAAGAACAAACGCCAAAACAAUCAAAUCAAGUCCGAAACAAAAUGAGCGAGCAGCUGCGCACCAAGCUCACGGAGCACGGCCAGGGCCAUGUGCUCAAGUUCUUCGAUGACCUUGACGAUGCGGCCAAGGCGGCCUUUGAGAAGGAUCUCCUGUCCAUCGACAUGGAUGCCCUCAACACGCAGUUCCAGGCUGCCAUGAGCGGCAGCACCACGGAGAAGCUGGACGAGUUCAUGAAGCCCCUGCCUGCCUCCGACAUUGGCAACGCCACUGCCUUCCCGCCCACAGCGGAGAUGAACGAGUGGUUUGAUGCGGGCCUCAAGGCCAUCUCAGAGGGAAAGGUCGCUGCACUCCUGCUCGCCGGCGGUCAGGGCUCCCGUCUCGGCAGCAAGGAUCCAAAGGGCAUGUUCCCCCUUGGCCUCCCCUCCGGCAAGACGCUGCUGCAGCUGCAGGCUGAGCGCAUCCUGCGCCUGCAACAGCUGGCAAAGGACAAGUUUGGCGUUGACUGCGUUAUCCCAUGGUACGUGAUGACGAGCGGGGCGACGAUGGAGAAGACAGCCAACUUCUUCAAGUCCAACGACUACUUUGGCGUGAAGGAGAGCGACGUGUUCAUCUUCUCGCAGUUCCAGGUACCCAGCCUGACCAAGGACGGCAAGCUCAUCCUCAACGGCAAGGGCUCCAUUGCCCGCAACCCGGACGGCAACGGCGGUCUGUACAAGGCCCUCAAGGAGCGCGGCGCCCUCGACGACAUGGCACGCCGCGGCAUCGAGCAUGUGCACGUGUACUGCGUGGACAACGUGCUUGUCAAGGUGGCCAACCCGACCUUCAUUGGCUUCUGCAUUGCUCAGGGCGUGGAGGCAGGCGCCCUCGUCGUCCCAAAGGCCCAGCCCCACGAGAAGGUUGGCGUGCUGUGUCGGGUGAAGGACAAGUACCAGGUUGUUGAGUACAGCGAGAUUUCGGCGGCGACGGCGGAGGCGCGCGAUGCUGACGGGAAUCUCCUCUACAGCGCAGGCAACAUUUGCAACCACUACUUCUCAAAGGCCUUCCUCGACGUCUGCGGGGCGCGCCACGAGGAGCUCGUGCAUCACAUCGCCCACAAGAAGAUCCCCCACCUCGACGACCACGGCACACUUGUCAAGCCAGACGCAAACAACGGCGUGAAGAUGGAGAAGUUCGUGUUUGACGUGUUCCAGUUUGCGGACCGCCUUGGUGUUCUGGAGGUCUCGCGCGAGCACAGCUUCUCUCCCCUCAAGAACGCGUCUGGUGCUGCCAGCGGCACGAAGGAGACAUGCCAGCGCGAUCUGUAUGCGCUCCAUCGCCUCUUCCUCAACGCCGCCGGCGUUCGCUUCCAGAACAAGGACGGAUCAGAGCUGCCACUUGCCAAGAUGGACAGCCGCCACGUGUGCGAGAUUUCGCCGCUCGUCAGCUACGCCGGCGAGGGCCUCGAGGACUAUGCAGCGAAACACCCGACCAUCUCGGAGUUCCCCGUUCACAUCCAGUAGACAACCAACCGACGCUAUCCUCCUCUCCACCCACCAAUUCCUGUUCCGCCACUCUUCAUACCUCUCCCGCCUUAUGCUACGUUAACUCUUGCCACGCCGUGCAUGCCAAGGCCUGGCGCUUGGGGUCCGUUGUGAUAAUGCCAGCACGUGCGUGUGUGUGUUGGUUGUCUUGCAUGAAUAGACCCAAGCAACGACA